AUGUACUCCUCGGAGGCGAUCGGGCUUUGUCCUGACCAGGUUACCUUCUCUGCAGUGCUCUCGGCUUGCGAGCGCUCCGCGCGCUGGGCCCAGGCUUCUGCGCUGCUUCUGCAGCGGAUGCUGGGCAGGCGAUUCGUACCAGAUCGCAUCGCCUGCAGCGUUGCAGUAAGUGCCUGUAGCGCAGCUUCGGAGACCGACAAGGCGAUGUCUCUCUUGAAGGCCGCUGAGAGGUCCUCGGUCGAGGUCGGUGCAAAUGUGGCCAUAGCAUGCAGUGCUUCAGCAGGGCACUGGGCCGAUGCGCUCUGCUGGCUUUCUGUUUUGGGAGCCGAGGAUCCGAUCUCGUACGGGGCAUGCAUCGCGACCUGCGAGAAGAACCAGCAGUGGGAAUUAGCCGAGCUUUUGCUCGGUGCUGCUGCUCGCGCUGCGCGUGCCGCAGGCACUUCUUUGGGCAGUGUUCUGUGCAACUCCUGCAUCAGCGCCUACAGGCGGGGUAAGCAAUGGCCCGUUGCGAUGCAUCUGGUGGCAAGCAUGAAGCGACAUCGAUCGGAGGUGGACGACAUCACGGUUGGCGCUUGCAUCAGCUGCUGCGAGAAGGCUGAAAGGUGGCAUUGGGCACAGUUGUCGCUGCAGUCUCUGUCCAAAAGCUCUGUGCGCCCGUCUGUAACCUCCUUCAAUGCGGCAGUGUCUGCGCUUGAGAAAGCUUCCUCUUGGGGCAAGGUUCUCCAGUCCAUGGAGACAAUGACCUGGCACUCUUUGCAGAGCGAUGUACUGACGCAGAUCGCCGCAGUUGCAUCCUGCUGCAGGCAAUGGCAACUGGGCCUCGUCCUUCUGGAUCAGCUAGGUGCCUCCCAAAAUGGGGCGGCAGCGGCUGCUUGGCCUCCGGCCUUUGCCCGAGCAGUCCAGCUGAGCGUCGCAAAGUUCACAGUACAUUUCUCUCAUGAGGUUUAUGGGCUUUACGGUGCCACUGCAGAGCCGUGGAUCCGUCAGAAAGUGGAGAAGCCCUUUGCAUCCCGCUGCAACUAUCCGUACCUCAGCUCCUCGAAAGCCUCGAGGCAUUGGAAAGGCGUUUCCUGCAAGCUCAGAGCCGGCAAAACGGGUGCAGCCUUGGACCUUUACCCGAAGCCUCCUACCAGACAUGAACCUUGUAACGGCAAGAUACUGAUGGUCAAGUGCCACUUAGUCCGCACAGGAUCCUUGAUCGGUGGUCCGGCAACCGCAUCCGGCCAAUCCGAUCUUGCGUUCUCCGCCUACGCCUUCUUGAAAUUGGUCCUGCCACUCUGGUCUGGCAUGGCCCCGACCGUGCACUCCCGGCAUGCCGAAUACUUCGCUGCGCCCUCCGAGGAACUCUCACGCCGCGCAGAAUCUGUUGGGCUGCGGCUGGACACGGUGGCUGCGACCUCGCUGCUGACCGCCACAGUGCAAGGUCCAUGGGCGCUGGCAACUCUGUGCUUUCGGGACAGUUGGAGUCGUGGUCCCGAGCCAGAUGUGGCGAUGCUGAACGUUAUUGUGUCAGCGCGUGCACGGGAGUCGAAGUGGCGAGAAGCUUUCGGCGCCAUGCAGCGAAACACCGCUUGUGGCGUGGCCCUGACUUGCCGGACAGUGGUCUCUGCGCUGAAGUCCCCGUGGCGCCAGGGCGCUGCACUUCUGUCAGAUCCGGGGAUCCCCGUGAACAACGUCGUCAUGAAUGCUGGCUUGGCAGCAGGAGCCCAGCAACUCAAGGACUUUCGAAAGCGGCAGAUGGAGCCAGAUGUCGUGUCCUUCAACACAGCGGCUGAUGCGACAAAGCUCGCAGAUUGGGUCGCCUCCAUGAGUAUUCUUCAAAAACUUCAGGACCUGGGCCUGGAGCUUGACCAGGUGUCCCUGAACACCAUGCUGGCCAGCUGCACAACUUGGAGCCUGAGCCUUGACAUUUUACGUGGCGCUUGGCAAGAAGCCCUUCCCAUCGACGUGGUCUCCUGUGCCUCGUGCAUAGCUGCUUGCGAAAAGGCUGCAGUGUGGGUUGCAGCCCUCGAAAAGACCAGCCAGCUGCGAGAAGUGCGACUUCGCUGCGACAGUAUUUGCCUCAAUACUGCCGUGAGCGCAUGCUGCAAGGCUGACAGGUGGGCCUGGGCAGUGCAGCUGUUCACCGGCAUGCUGGAGCAAGUUGGCCCCGGGUUGAACAGCUCGAGCCCCGCCGGCGGGUCUCAGAGACGUGGUGGCCUUGCCGCCAGCGCUACACUAGCAGCUGCAGCCCGUCGAAGGGCAUGGAGGGCAGGCCUGACGUUGCUGGCUGAGCUGCGACGCCAGGGUCGCGGGUCUGCAGGGUGUGCAGAUUCAGUAGCGUACACUGCCAUGCUGCUGGCCUGCAUCAAGUCCUCCAAAUUCAGAGCCGUGGCGAGACUGCUGAAAGACAUGAAGGCUAUGCGCUUGGAGAUUGGACGAGCCGCCCAGAAUGUCGCCUUGGCCCUGCGGGAGGCGCGUGGGUCGUGGUCCUCGGCACUUCGCCUGCUGCAAGGGAUGCGAAGGAGCACCGUCCAAACCGAUCUUGCUGCCGCUGUCGCCGUUGUUGGAAGCUGUGGGAAGACUGCCGUAUGGCAAGCUGCAGUGGACGUUGUAUCCACAUUGUCACGAGGGCAGCUGGCACCUGAUGUGGCCGUUUGCGAGUGCCUGGUAGCUGCAGAAGUACCUCGGUGUCAUGAUGUGUUCGAGGAUUCGGGCCUGGAGUGGAGAGGACUUGAAUGA